UUUUUCUCAACUAAGAACUUUCAGAUCCUCGGUUCGGGCUUCCCUGCAAAGCUAGAUAUUGAUGUCCUCUGUCGUAAUGCGGUUUACUCUAAGAGCUUCAUUUUCAGUAUCCUCAUUGAUAUUUCUAGGGUCAAAAACCUAGUUAUCAGUAGUCUUCUAUUGAAGUACCUAGUUAUAUUCCCGGAAUGUGGACCGAUGCCUUGGUUACGUGACCUAACCUAUUUGAACGCUAAAUUCUCCAUACUCGAACUUGAAAUAUUGCCAAAAGUUCUUGAGAACUGCCCAAAACUGGAGUCUCUCAUAUUGGAAGUGGUGAAAGACAUGCGUCAUAAUAUGAACACAGAACCAUAUAUGAUGUUUUCAACAGUGCCUUCGUGUUUCGUAACAUCGCUCAAGUAUGUGGAACUAAAACGUUUGAUCUCAAAGUAUGAAGGAGAAAUAGAGCUGGUAAGAUACUUGCUGAAGAAUUCAACAGUCCUGGAGAAACUAAAGCUUGAUACUCACUAUUCGAAAAAGACAAUGAGUGCUUUCCUUAAAAAAGCCAUUGCAAUGCCAAGAUCCUCAAGCGCUUGCGAAGUCAUUGUUCCCUAA